AUGCCGAUUCUCCUGAGGUCUACGAUAUUCCGGCUAACGUGCCUAAUCUCCACCAUAAAUGCUUUAAACUACGACACGCUACGCGACCCGAUUGUACUCACGGUUAAGCGGGAGAAUGCCCAAAAAUUUGGCGGCAAGAAUUUCUACGCGAGCGAUAAGCCCUUCAACAUGGAGCAGAACCCCUACAAGCAGAAUUUUGUGAAGGCUUUUGAGAUUAAGAGCAGCGACCUGAAGCCGUUCAAAUAUUCGUUUAAUUCGGCGCAAGAGCCCGGCCGGACCAUCAUCAUCCCACCGCAGCAAUUCAUCCAAAACCUUGCGCAAAGUGUCGUCCAAUCCCACAAAAAUGUAGAGCCCACGAAAAAGUACGUUACUCAGCAGCAACAGGAUCGGAAAAGUCUUGUGAGGCUCGAAGACGACCCAUCCCUUUUCACGAACAAUUACGUCGGGGCGCAUAAAUCGGCGGAGAAAAAUGGAUGUUGCUUCGAGCCGCAACCAUCAGCAAAUGCUUACACAGGACCAAAAUUCCAAAAUACGCCACCACAAAGCGCUGAAUUCCGGCCGUUCCCAAAACAAUUCUCAAUCCCCAUCAAAAGCCUUCAGCAAUUCAAGGAGAAAGAGAACCAACCGCCAGUCUCCACAUCCCGAGAACAAUUACGCCAUGUAAUCCCCACGCCCAGCAGUACGGUAUUGCCGAUGCGGAUGCGUGUAGACAUCAUCCCCGACUCACCUCCACCUACCGUAAUCCGGGCACCGACCGCCAGCUCGGGAUCACAGAUGAAUCAAAAGACAUCAGCUUCCUCUGAAAAAUACGUGGUGCUCGAUCGUCAGCCAAUUACCUACACGAAGGAUGUGUUCGACUGGGACCCAAAAUCGACGGAAGCCGAAUAUGUCGCACCGACCAGGAUUGUGGCCCCAAAAAUGCUAGUCCAUCCGGUUCUCCCGUCAAUCGACGGAAUGGUCGAGUCGGUGCAACGCCAAAACCUAGCCGAUCAACAGCGUCUCGCCGGCAAUGGCCUGCUCGACGUGUCCACGCAAUACCGUAACCUGUGGACGUCAUUGGCGCAGAAUUGGCAUCAGCUGAAACAGGCCAUCCUCAGCAGUGGGCUCGACAGGGAUUUGGCGCAGAUUUGGGACCGUUUUCAUAGUGCCGUCCGACCGUACAUUAGCGAUUUUGCGACGACGUUCGCGAGGGCGAUAAAGUCAGCAGCGCGGAGACACCACAAACGAUUGGCGGAGCCGACUCCUCUCAAUGCGAAAACGCCGGAAACGACGAGCCGAGAGAAGAAUCUA